CUGACAAUUCAUUAAUUGUAAAUUUAUAAUAAAUCUCAAACGCCACAUAGUACCGAAGAAAACUAUUACAUAAACAGAGGUUAACUGUACCGUAAAGCGAACGCUAAACCGUCGUAAAAAUGCAACAUGGCCACCGCUAUGACAGGACGUGGUAUCGCUGUCGUUAGGAAUCUAACUGGGCUGUUGCGGUUACCGGUUCUGGUCGGUGGCCCUCAGCAGCUGUCAUGCCUCCACACCAGCACUCCGCUGGAAUCAAAGACCUGGGAGAGGAACAACCUGAAGGUGUAUCCACCGCAGCUUCCGGACGAGCCCCGCAGACCAGCAGAGAUCUACCACUCCAGGAGACAGAUUAAGUACAGCAAAGACAAGAUGUGGUACCUAGCCAAAAUGAUCCAAGGGAUGAGUAUCGACGAGGCCAUCGCGCAGCUGGAGUUCAACGACAAGAAAGGGGCUAAGAUCAUGAAAGAGAUUCUUCUGGAAGCUCAGGAGAAGGCAGUUAAGAAUCACAACGUAGAGUACAAAUCUAACCUGUAUGUAGCUGAGUCCCACACCGGCAAAGGGAAGUACCUGAAGCGGAUCCGUUUCCACGGCAGGGGGAUGUUUGGCAUCAUGGACAAAGUUUACUGUCACUACUUCGUCAAACUGGUGGAGGGCUCGCCACCCAAAACAGAGGAGAAGACGAGCUUCGACCAGGCAAAAGAGUACGUCCAGAGCCUCAAGAACCGAACCAUCAUCCACAGUCUAUAGACCAGACAACCAGCAACAUAUUUUACCCCAACUGUUUCUUCUCUGUCUGUGUGUAUAUUUCAUUUGACAUUUGUAAAUAAAUCACUGAGUGAAUGAAUUCUA